AAAUCUUCGAGAUGGCGAUUGGGAAAAGAUUUAACGUGCUACCAUUAUCACAGCGGUUAGUUACCUUGUUCAUACUGAUUCCCUUUCUAGUGAGUAUUAUCUCGUAACUUCCCGCACGCACGCUUCCACUGAGAUCCUCCCACUACAAGUUCUCACACUCCUGCCGCUUUUAGCGAGCGAACCGCGGGUGAACUCUGUUGUGUUCUAAAACUCAGCUCUCACAACUUUGACGUUUCUAGCUUUCAUCGAAAACAAUGUAAGGAAAACCAUAGCUUAUUCUUGAGGCUUUAAGGCUGCGCACAGUUUACAAAGCAGAUCUAAUUGCUAAUGGAGAAACUGCUGAGCCAUUACUUAUCCAGAAUCUCCUGAGCUCUAUCAUGUCAGUCUGGCUUUUGUGUGCUUUGCUUUUUUCUCUGAUUGGCCAAACAGAACAGAAUGGACACCCAGUUCCUAUAGAAGAGGUGAAAGUGGAUUCAGAAGAAUCCUAUUGUGCACCAUCGGAUUGUGGUGCAUGGGUGUUGAAGGUUACAUGGAGAGAUAAGUUUGCUGAAAAGAAUGAAUCCAAGAAAGUCGGCUACGACAUAGAAGUCCUUCAUACUGAACAGAUGACGCCUGUUCACUCUGAAACUAUACAUGUGAUGCAAGACAAAACAUCCUACUAUCAUUGGAAAUGGACUUCACCUAUACCAUUGCAGUGCACUUCCCAUUCAGUCAGACUUAGGCGACAUAAUGAGCAACACAUUGGUGAAUGGACACCAUUAUACACACACAAAGGACGAGAUCUAGAUGCUGCAACAACAACUGUCUAUCCUCACGAUCAAGUUUUCGUGGUUGGGAGUAACAUCACGUUCUGUUGCAUCGUGGAAACAGAUAAGCGUCCUUUAUCUGUAUUUCUCACUCCCAUCAGCAACAGGACAUACAUCUCAGAACCACUUCUAUUUGAAAAGCCUUCUAUGCCCAACAUAGACUGUGAUGUUGAGGGAAACCCUUCUGGCUCUACAAUGUUUAUUGGCUAUCCCCCAGAUGACCAGAAUUUGACAUGUAUAACACGGAAUCUCAACUCUUUGGAGUGUCACUGGGAAAAGGGUCGAAACACCCAUCUGACUGUUAAUAGAAAGACGAACUAUACACUUAAUGGAAGAGUUUGUGAAUUUGGUAAAUGUGUCAUACAUGCAGUGAAAAAGCAGGUGACAAACUGCACCCUGGUUGCCAGAAAUCCUCUUGGUGUAAAGACUCUUACUGAUACAGCUGAUCCUACACAUCGAGUAUGGUUGAGAGCACCAAGUGAAAUAUCCAGUGUUGCUCAUGCAAGAAAAGUCACUCUUCAGUGGAGUUGGAACGAGGAAAAAUAUGCUUCGUUUCCGAUGAUUUGUCAAGUGAAGCUCAAUGGAAGGAUUUAUAAUAAAACCUUCAAUGGAGAAGGACUUUCAUCAGCUGUACUUAUAAACCUGCAGCCCUUUACUACAUACACAGCUCAAGUACAGUGCGGUUCUUAUGAGCACUUCUACAAAUGGGGCGACUGGAGUGAAAUUACUGAGUUCUCCACUAAAGAGGACAUUCCAGAAGCACUAGAUGUUUGGAUUCAUUAUUCUGAACAAACUACAUCUGUCUUGUGGAAGCCUCUAACUCAACAACAAAGCCAUGGGAUGAUUACAGGAUAUGAAAUUACCAUUGGAAAAAUGAAAAAAGAACUAAAAACACAGCUCUGCUACAACAUCACUGGGAUUGAAAAAAGUGGUCAAAUCAUCACAGUCUCAGCUAAUAACUCUGCCGGUCGUUCUCCUCCUUCUACCAUCAUCGUCCCGAGUUAUCCUGGUGAGAUUCAGAAUGCAGUUUUUCAUUGGUUGAAAAGGUUGUGUUUGAAUGAAGUUGCUUUCAUUAUUUUCACAGAAAACGAAGUCGAUGUAGGCCGUAUCAAUAGCAGUAAGGGUGGCUUGGAAAUGUCUUGGGAAGAAUACCCCAGUUCUACCUGUGGCUAUGUUGUUGAAUGGUUUCCAACAUACAAAAAGACGCAAUGUGCUGUAGCAUGGGAGAAAAUCCCAAAAUGUGACAGUGGUGCCUGUGAAACCUGGAAACGAUCUGGUAUUUUUGAGGAAGGAGUGAGAUACACUGUCUCUGUCUACGCCUGCACAGAUGAUUCACCAAAGCUUCUCAAGAGGAGUGAAGGUUAUGCUAUAGAGAAAAAACCGGGAAAAGUUGAGAAUUUGAAAGGUAAAAAUAAAGGAAGAAAUGUUGAGCUUUCCUGGGAUGAAGUUCCCUUAGAACAGCAAAACGGCUUCAUACAAAGCUACAAGAUCGUAACAUUGCUUUCUGGUUCUGAAACGGCAGAAAGCCAUAUUAACACGGCAUGGACAGAGGUGCCUGAAGUUAAUUUGAAAUUAGAUCCAGGCUUCUAUACCUUCCGUGUUAGUGCCAUUACAUCUAGAGGGGAAGGUGACUAUGCCACACACAAAAUGAACGUAGAAACCAUUGACCAGAUGAUUUCAGCCACUAUUGUGGUUUGCAGUACAGUAACGCUUAUCUUCAUGAUCAUCACAGUUCUUUGCUACAGGAAACGGAAAUGGUUAAAGAAAGUGUUCUAUCCAGAUAUUCCUGAACCAAAACUUGCAGGGAAAUGGAUGCCAAAGGGCAUUAAUUGUACCGAGAUGACCGAGGGGUACAUGAAGUGUGAGAUCCAAGAGGUCCACGGUUUAGAGCAUCCUUCAAUCUCAGAAAGUCUACAUGGCCAUGACCUCAUCAGCUCGAACUCCAGAGUGGUUCCUGCACAGCAUUUCAACCAGAACAUUUCUAAAUCUCCAGUUGAUGUGUCAUAUUGUCCUUUGGAGAAGCUUACCUCAAUUAUUGAGAACGCUUCUUAUAACUUGACCAUACCAGAACCAGUUGGUGUUGCUCAGAUAUCCGAUCUUUCACUGGAAAUGCAGGAUGCUUACCUCCCAAUCCCUAAAUUUGUUCAAAAUAAUUUUGCUGGCAAAGUAUCAGAAGGCUACAAGCCCCAGACAGCAUAUCUUACAGAUGCUUAGCUCCAGUAGAUAAACCUCAGUGUCGUGUCUUGGCAUGCACACCAUGUAUAUGCAAAUUAUGCCAAUGUAAAUACCACUGAAUUCAUGUUAUUUAUACUGUACUGUUUUCUCAGCACUGUCUCUUGUAAAAUAAGUAGUGAACUGUAUUUUUUUUUAAACACUGUGAUGAAAAAAAAAAGCUGUGACCACCUUUACAACUGCCUCUGUAUAUUUGCAUUGAAUUUUGUUAUUGAAUUACAUUUAUGGUAAAACUUUAGAUUAGGGAGCAAAUAUUCACUAUUAACUAAGAGUUUUUUCCUCAAUAAACUCCUAAUUUGCUACUUA